CAGUGGGGAGGUGAGAAAAAGGCACGAGCUGUUCACCUGCUAAAACACCACGCGGAAAUAAGUUCGAAAUAGGAAGUAUGAAAACUGUCAUUUGACACCAUCAUAAUCCAGUAAGAGCACAAUGCUGACUCUUCCGUUUGAGGAUCCUGUCAUCAUGGACACUCAAUUCGGGGCUAACUUUCCACGGGACUGCGUGGGUGAAAUGAAGGUCACUAAACAAGAGCCAUUUAAAAAGGAGGAGACGCUCUCCCACACGAUGGAGGAUGAGAAUUCAGAGAAGGAUGAGGAUGAACAGGAGGACGGACAGGACGCGAAUGGUCUGCCUCGGAGGAGAGGGCCUCGGAAAAAGAAAAUGACCAAAGCUAGGGUGGACCGGGUCAAGAUGAGGCGCAUGGAGGCCAACACCAGGGAGAGGAACCGAAUGCACGGUCUGAACAACGCCCUGGACAGCCUGCGCAAGGUGGUGCCCUGCUACUCCAAAACCCAGAAACUGUCGAAAAUCGAAACCCUGCGCAUGGCCAAGAACUACAUCUGGGCACUUUCCGAGAUCCUGAGCACUGGGAAGAGGCCUGACCUCUUGACCUUCGUUCAGACCCUCUGCAAAGGGCUCUCGCAGCCCACCACCAACUUAGUGGCCGGAUGCCUGCAGCUGAACGCCAGGAAC